AUGACACCCCCGCCACCAGCCGGAGGCGCUUCCACAUCCCAACCCUUCGACCCACGCAGUCUCUACUCCUCCUCCUCUCCAUCCAAUCCCAAACCCUCCGCCACCACACAGACCACUUCGUCCACUUCCAUCCCCGCACCACCGGUCAAACGCGAACCCAGCAACAGCCACUCCACCCAUGAUGAGGCCGACGACAGUUCGCCUAGCGCAUCCUCUCCAGCUGGCGGCAAGAAGAAGCCUUCCAAGAGGAGAAAGGUGAACCUGGCGUGCAUAUACUGUCGUCGAUCGCACAUGACCUGCGACGAGGGUAGACCGUGUCAACGGUGCAUCAAGAGGGAUAUCGGGCAUCUUUGUCACGACGAGGCUACGCCGGCGAAGGCGAACGAUAAGGACGAUCAGCAGUCCGGUGGUGCGGUGGCGAGUGGGACGCCGUCCAAACCGGCGGCGAAGGCGAAACCGCCAGCGAUCAAGGCUGCUAGUCCAUCCACAGCUCCAGCAACAGCAACGACAGCGCCGAACGUGCAAGAGCAGGUGGCGUCGACCUCAGCAGCGAAUAUCUUUCCAACCUUGGGUCUGGCUGGUUCAGCAACACCCGCGAAUGCCGUGUUCGGCAGCAGCUCAGCAGGUCCGUAUUCGUCGAUGAACAGCGCGCCGGGAGAGUUCAAUGCGGCCAACAUGUUCAAACCUCAAGCAGGCGGUGGAGGGGCAGCCAUGCAGCAGUCCAAUUCUUCAUCCGGCGGCAAUGCGGCAGGUCUUCUCUCCAUCGCUUCGCUCUUCAACAACGACACCAACAACAACAACAACAACAACAACGGCAUUCCAAAUCAGUCCGUACAGGCGAAUCAGCAACAGCAGCAGCAGCAGGCAGGUGGAGAGAUGACAGGGUUGGGAGGUGCAGGCUGGCUCGGGCUGGGAGGUGGACCGGGUGGGUACGAGGGUGGAGGAAGCGGGUUCGGCGGUGACUCUGCGGGUGGGAAUGAGUUUACGCUGCUGAGCGAGUUCUUGGAGAGUCUGGAUGGGCCUGGGUUUGGGGCGGGUGCGACGCCGGGCAUGUCCGGUACGAGUGCGAUCGGUGCGGGGACUGGAAGUGGAUUUACGCCGUCUCAGAGCAGGAGAAAUACGAUCUCCGGACUGGGCGGGAUGGAUGGGUUGACGGCGUUGACCUCGAUCAAUGGGGGCAACGCUGCCGUGUCGUCCACGGUGGGAGGCGGUGGUGCGGGUACGAUGUACAAUUCCGGCUCUUUCGGCAGCGGAGUAAUCAACGCCACCAACAACAACACGGGCGAUACGGGGUCGGGGAAACGAUCGCGACGAUCAUCGUUUUCCGCUGCGCCGACCGCUGGCGCCAAUUCGUCCACCAGCACAUCCUCCACCCUCGCAUCUGGUUCUUACAUCCCCUCGCUGCAAGGCGGGUCGACCAAGCAGGAACGAUUCUUCCUCACAGCGGCGGAUCAAAAGGACGGAACACGAGACGAACGCCUCGCGCGCGUCAUCCAAGCCAAGUACGAAGCUGGCCUUCUUCGACCGUACAACCACGUCAACGGCUACGCACGCUUGAACCGGUGGAUGGAGCGAAACGUAUCCGCCGCAUCCAAGCGUCGAAUCCUCAAGCCGUUGUCCGUGUUUCGACCUGCCUUCCGAGCGGUUGCGCAGUCGUUGACGACGAUCGACCUCGUGUUUAUCGAGGAGGCGUUCGAGCGGUUGCUGUUGGACUACGAUCGCGUGUUUUCCACGCAAGGGAUUCCGGCGUGUUUGUGGAGGAGGACGGGGGAGAUUUAUAAGGGAAACAAGGAGUUUGCCGAGCUCGUAGGUGUACCGAUCGAAUCGCUUCGCGAAGGGAGGCUGUGCAUCUACGAGCUUAUGGCGGAAGAAAGCGCGGUCAACUACUGGGAGAAGUACGGAGCGGUGAGUUUCGACCCGGGACAGAAAGCGGUGUUGACGAGCUGCGUGCUCAGGACGAAGAACAAGAGUAUCGUCGCCAACAGUGGGAGGGAUGGGAAGAAGGGUGGUGGUGGUCAGCAGACGGAGGGUGGGGGUGUGGCGGCGGGAACGGGUGCGACGAGCACGAGUGGUGUGCUCAAGGAUCCGGCGAAUCCGAAGGCUGCGUUUAUCCACUGUUGCUUCAGCUUUACUAUUCGGAGGGACCAGUGGAACAUUCCGCACUUGAUCGUCGGGAACUUCUUGCCCACGAAUCCCACUUGA